CCUCGCUUUCGUUUCGUCACUGCCUUUAGGUUUCGUCCGCUGCGCGUCCUGCUCUGCCUCACGCGCUCACUCCGCAGCAUGUUUGCGUGGGGAGAAGGCAGUCUCCAGGGCUUGCGCCGCGGACAGGAGAGCUCCAGUGGCCCGGUCCACUUCCUCAGCCUCUCCUUCUCCGUCCAGGACCUGUGCCGAGGUCCCGGCCUGCUCAGCUUCGUCAGAGCUUCUGGAGACACCUUCCUGAUUCGCACCGCACGAGCCCAGGACGGUGGCGCGGCCAGGGCCAGACAGAAGUUGGUAAGGUGUGAAGAGAAGAUCCAGGCGGUGAGGUGUUCGGAUGAGUCGCUCGCCCUGCUGUCCCGGUCCGGGCGGGUCUUCUGCCUGGACCCCAGUGUCGCCCCGCUCAGCCCCAGGCUGCUCCGGAACCUGUCCUCGGUGGCAGUAACUCAGCUGUCCUGUGGAGGGCAGCAUUCGGUCGCUCUGACCUCAGACCGACAAGUCUACGUGUGGGGUGGUAACGGCAGCGGUCAGCUGGGCCAAGGAGCAGGGGGGCCCCAGGUCCGAAGCCCGGAACCCCUGAGAGCCCUGUCCUCCGUCCCAGUGGUCCAGGUGGCCGCCGGCGGGACACAGAGCUUCUGUCUGUCCGUGUCCGGAGCAGUGUUCGGCUGGGGAGGAAACCAGUGUGGCCAGCUGGGACUGGGAGACACCACAGACAGACUCACUCCCACGCUGGUCAAGCCCCUCAACACGUGGAGGACCAUCCAGAUCUGCUGCGGACGAGAGCACACCGCUGUUCUAACCAAGGACGGCGCCGUGUUCACCUUCGGCUCGGGUCGGUUCGGUCAGCUGGGUCACAACUCCUUCAGGCGGGAGCUUCAUCCGCGGCUUGUUGGAGAACUGUGGGGUGCAAAGGUCACGGGGAUUGCAUGUGGAAGCUAUCACACCUUGGUGCUCACCGAGCGUCACAGGAUCUUCUCCUUUGGCCGUGACGACCGCCAGCAGCUGGGUCGCGGAGAGGACAGUCAGCCGUCAGUGGCGUUGCCCGUGCGCCUGCCACGCUGCAACUCAAGAGUCGCCGCCAUCUUUGCUGGGGAGAACUGCUCCUACGCUACUUGCCGGCAGGAAGCCCCCACUGGCUGUCAGGGGCCAGAGUCCCAGCACUGUCUGGAGCAGAUGAUUGAGGAAUGGACCGGGAGAGCAAAGUCCCUCAAGCAACUGAGAGCAGACGUCACCAGAGCCUUUUCCUCGGCUUGCUGCUUCAAUCAAAGCUUCCUGGACCGACGAGGCGACCAACACCUGAGGAUUGGGCCCGGCUGUCCCGGCCUGGACUUGGCUCUGGCAGAGUCCAGCUUCAGCAGCCUGCUGAGGCUGGCUGUGACCACAGAGGUGGAGGCUGCUGUGGCGCAGCUGCUCCCCGGGCUCCCUCACAGACCUGCGAGUGUGGAGGGGCUGAGGAUCUACCUGCUGCUCAUGGAGCUGCUGCACGUGCUCCAGCAGCAGAGCCAGAGGACGCCGCUGGGCGACACGCUGGCCUGCAGCUUGGCCAGACUCUCUGGGGAAAGUCUGGAGCUCAUAGUGGACUGGUGGUCCUCCCUGCCGCAGCACCUCAGCAGAAGAUAUGUGGAAGUGUGGAAGCGACACCUGACGACCAUCUUUUUCUCCUCCUUGAAUCCCUAUUGUCUGGAGCGUGAGGUCACAGCGUCCCUCCAGCUCCUGCAGCGCCUCUCCACGGCCAACGACAAGAUCCACGCAGCCAAGAGGCUCCCGAGUGAGACCUUCAGUGUGGACGUCUGUCAGCUGGUCCUGAGAGAGGACCUGAGACGCUGGCUCGCUCUGAGAACCGACCAGGAUGCCAACACUGACCGGCCGCUGGUCCUUUUCACCUUCCCCUCCCUGAUCAGUGGGAGGUCCAAGAGAACUGCGCUGGACCUUUACAUCCAUACCAUGAUGGCUCAGGCCCUGAGCACGUGGAGGACGCUUCUGAGCCUCCCGAGCGACCGCUCUCUGUAUUUGGAGCUGCGGUUGCGGCGAUCGUCUCUGCUGGAUGACGCCUUCCGUCAAAUGGCUGCUGCCCCGCCGGAGCGGAUGAGGCUGCCCCUGGCGGUCUACUUCCAUGAUGACCCCACGCUGACUGAGCUCCACAAGAAAAACUUCUUUCACCACUUUUUCAAGCAACUGAUGUCAGAGCGAGCCGACAUGUUCCAUUUCAACGACUCUCAGACUCUGGCCUGGUUCCCGCCCAGCGCGACCGGCGAGGCCCGGGAGAAGUUCCGCCUGAUGGGACUGCUCUGUGGUUUAGCUCUGUACAACGGCUGCAUGGUGGCGCUGCCCUUCCCUCUGGUGCUGUUCAAGAAGCUGCUCAACGUCGAGCCCACGCUGGACGACAUGAUGGAGUUCAGUCCCUGCGUCGCAGAGGGUCUCCGCUGCGUCCUGGAGUACGGUGACCAGGAACUGGAGACUCUCUGCCAGACAUUUGAGAUCUCCUGGGCCGGCAGUCUUGUGGACCUGGAUACUGAGAAUCCUGGCAAACCUGUGACCAGUGCCAACAAGGCAGAGUUCGUGGAGGCCUACAUCAACCACGCCUUCACCAGCUCUGUGGUGCAGGUGUUCCAGGAGUUCCGACGUGGCUUCUUCCAGGUGUACAGGCCCGAGCUGCUGCUGAUGUUCCAACCUGAGGAGCUGCAGGCAGCUGUGGUGGGGACGGACACGUGCGACUGGGAGCAGCUCAGACUGACCACCCAGUAUGACUUGCCGUACCUGAUGAAGCAUCCAGUCCAGGUCCAGAUGUUCUGGGAGGUCUUUGAUGAACUGAGCGAAGAGCAGCGGAGAGAUUUCCUCUGGUUCCUGACUGGCUCCAGGAGAGCUCCAAUCUUGGGAAUGGGCCAGAUCCGCCUCUUCAUCCGGGAGAGACUUGACUCCAGAGACGAGCACUACCCCGAGUCGCUGACCUGUCACUCCAUUCUGGAGCUUCCCGUCUACUCCAGCAAGGAGAUCAUGAGGACCAGACUCAGAGAGGCGCUGGUCCAAGAGCGAGGCUGGCAGAUGUGACCGGCCUCUGCUCAUCUCUCACAUCUCCCUUCGAUAAGCUGGUGUUUCCUGAUCGUUGGUGGCAUAAAAUUCUGACUCAGAUUGAA